UUAAUAGAUACUAAAAUUCCUAAUGUCAGGUUGGUAAAUUAGUAAAUCUUGAUUUAUUUAUUUAAAUCUGUGAAACUGUAUGUGUUUGUAACAUUAUUGUCUUUCAAUAUGAGAAUAAGUGCUUUGGUAAGUUAAUCUGCUUGGAUGGAACAUAGUUCGCUGCUGUAUGAGAGAACAGACCUGACUUCUGAAUUUUACUCCACUCUUAAUGUUUUACUUCAGGGGUCUGACACACAGAAUUGAUACGGUGAAACCUCAACUAGGAAUUUGUCACUGCUAAUUGUCUUAAGAAAAUCUGUCUCCUUGGUGGAGGUGAGGGCCAGUGGGAGGCUGUGCUAAUAAGAAUAGGAAAAAUAUAUAGGGAGGGGAGAUUCUAAAUUCUGGGUUGUCCUUAAUGCCAUUGGGCUGGAUCUCAGUACAGAGAAGAAUCUUUGUCUACUUCUAACUCUCCAAAGACUAAAAAAAUUUCCUAAUUAUUUCAUCCAUUUACCUAUUCUUAUGAAUUUGAAAGUAUCAUCUUGUGUCAUCUUGUGACACUGCUUUCUAGUAGAGAUAGUACCUGUGUUAAUCUGAAGCUAGGAAGAAGAUAGAGCAGGGCAGUAUGUUAGAGACCUACCUAACUAAGGGUAUAAACCAGUGGUUUUCAACCAGGGUGUCCCAAGCUCCUUAGAAUGAUGCCUUGGUGCCUGGCCCCUGUGAAAAGAGGUAAGCACUGGCUCACCCCUAUGCUGGGCACCCUGUGCCUGCCCCAGUAUCUAAGCAGCGCUCCCUGUGGCCCCUACCAUCAGCUCUGGGAGCAUAGGAGGUAUGGGAAAUGAGCUGAGCUGAUAAGCGCUCAGUCUUCACCCCCUGGCAGCCCCCACAUGAACCACUGCCAUGCUGUGAGUGGCACGUUCUGCCACAGGGCCAUGCCCCUGCUCCUCUUAAGCUCCCAGAGUAGAUGAGAGGAGCUGUGGGGAAUGGUGGUUCCAGGCACUACCACCUAAGUCCAUAUGGGAGCAGCUGCAGCUCUGAUUGGCCAAAGGGCCCCAGUGGCUCUGCCCUUCGCUGCUGAUUGGCUGCAAGGGCUGCCUGUCAUGCAUCCCUGCCCCUUGCUGCCGAUUGGAGAGGGGAAGAGCCACAUGACAGGGAGCCCUUACAGUCAAUCAGGUUGCAGGCGGCAGACAUCUUGCCCACAGCCCUUUGAGUGGCCACUUCCUCCCCUUAACAUCUUCCUUGCCCCGCUGAACCGGUGGCUGCCUCUAAGGAGCCAGCAUUUUCUUUUCCUUGAGUUUUUUUUUUUCUUUUUGCAGAUUUCAUGAACAUUGCCUGGAUUUUGCAGAAUCUACUAUAGCUGUGAAAUCACAAAUUUGGUAGGCCCCUGUGAUGAGGUUAACGAAGCCCACUUUAUUCACCAAUGUUCCAGUGACUUGUGAAGAAAGAGACUUGCCAGGAGAUCUAUUUAAUCAGCUCAUGAAAGAGGACCCUUCUACUGUAAAGGGAGCAGAAACUUUAAUGCUAGGAGAAAUGUUGACUUUGCCUCAGAAUUUUGGGUUGUAUUGUAUGCGAGAAAAUACAGUACCUUCCUUUCCUUCUCUAUCUUGCAGUAUAAGAAAUAUAUUUUUGGGAGAGACAUUUUCCAGUUAUAUCAGCGUACAUAAUGAUAGUAACCAAGUUGUCAAGGACAUACUGGUAAAGGCUGAUCUUCAGACAAGUUCUCAGCGUCUAAACCUUUCAGCUUCCAGCGCGGCAGUGGCAGAACUUAAACCUGAUUGUUGUAUUGAUGAUGUUAUUCACCAUGAAGUAAAGGAAAUAGGAACACACAUCUUAGUGUGUGCCGUAAGUUACACAACCCAGGCAGGAGAGAAGAUGUACUUCAGAAAAUUCUUCAAAUUUCAGGUUCUCAAACCAUUAGAUGUGAAAACAAAGUUCUACAAUGCUGAGAGUGACCUCAGUUCUGUGACAGAUGAAGUAUUUCUGGAAGCUCAAAUUCAGAAUAUUACAACCUCUCCAAUGUUUAUGGAGAAGGUUUCAUUAGAGCCAUCUAUUAUGUACAAUGUAGCAGAACUAAAUACUGUCAACAAAGCUGGGGAAAGCAUGUCUACAUUUGGCUCAAGGACUUACUUACAGCCUAUGGAUACUCGUCAAUAUUUAUAUUGCCUAAAACCCAAGCAAGAAUUUGCAGAAAAAGCUGGAGUGAUUAAAGGUGUUACAGUAAUUGGCAAACUAGAUAUUGUGUGGAAAACAAACCUAGGGGAACGAGGAAGGUUGCAGACCAGUCAGCUCCAAAGAAUGGCCCCAGGUUACGGUGAUGUCAGGCUUUCCUUGGAGACAAUACCAGACACUGUAAAUCUAGAGGAACCUUUUGAUAUUACAUGUAAAAUAACAAAUUGCAGCAGUGAAAGGACUAUGGAUCUGAUACUGGAAAUGUGCAAUACUAAUUCCAUCCACUGGUGUGGAGUUUCAGGAAGGCAACUUGGAAAGCUACAUCCCAGUUCAUCCCUCCAUCUUGCACUUACACUAUUGUCUUCAGUGCAGGGACUACAAAGUGUUUCUGGCUUAAGACUGACAGAUACGUUUUUGAAGAGAACAUACGAGUAUGAUGAUAUUGCACAAGUCUGUGUAGUUUCUUCAGAAGUAAAAGAAGAAAGCUGAAGAAAAAUCCUGUAAUACUUCUGCUCUGGUUUUAGACCAACUUCCUACAUCUUACAGCUAAAUGGCAGGCAGCCAAAUGUUAAAAAAAAAAAAGAACUGUACCUAUCCAUAAACAAUGCAAGCAUGUUUAUUUAACUUUCUUCUCCAAGCAUUUUUGGAAUAUUUUAAAAUAUGUUUUAAACAGAUAAUUAUAUAUAUAUUUUAUCUAUUAUUUGACAAUAAAGCCUUUAA